AUGGUGGCCAACCCCUCGCUUUGCUGGUCCACAGCCACCGUCACGGACUGCAGCAACACUAUAAUCGCUGAGGUCUGCAAGGAGGAUGACGUUGAGGAUGGAGCGCUCUUGGAAGUGAUGGUGGCCGGUUACCCGGUGUUACUGGUAAGGAACAAGAAUGAGUUCCGCGCCCUGGGCAGCAAGUGCCCCCACUAUGGUGCUCCGCUCAGCAAAGGAGUCUUGAAAGGGGAGAGGCUGCGCUGCCCGUGGCACGGCGCCUGCUUUAACAUCAAAACCGGAGACAUCGAGGAGUACCCUUCUCUGGACUGCCUGCCCUCCUUUCAGGUAACCGUGAAAGAUGGAAAGGUGUUUGUAACAGCAAAAAAGAAGGAUCUUGAAAGCAGCCUGAGGGUGAAGGACACAAGCAAGCAAUGCCUUCUCAACCGAGACACGAAGCUGCUUUUGGGGGGAGGUGUGGCUGCCCUGGUGUGUGCAGAGACACUUCGCCAAGAGGGCUUUACUGGCAGGAUCAUCAUGGUCACCAGAGAGAAGCAUGUUCCAUAUGACAAGUCCAAACUGAGCAAGGCAAUGAACUUGAAAGCCGAGGACAUCUACCUGAGGAAACCUGAAUUCCUUGCUGCUCGUGGCAUAGAGAUCUGGACAGAGAAAGAGGCAGUGUCGGUGGAUUUCCAGAAGCAGAAGGUCAGCUUCAUGGAUGGGUCUUCACAGAAGUACAACCAGCUGCUCAUAGCGACAGGCAGCCACUCCAGCUUCCCUGAAAUCCCAGGUGCAGACCUGCAGAACGUGUGCAUCCUCCAAACCCCAGAAGACUCUAACAAGAUCUUAGAGCUGGCAACUGGGAAGAACCUGGUGGUCAUAGGAGCUUCAUUCAUAGGCAUGGAGAUCGCCGCCUUCCUCUCAGACAAGGCUGGUGCCAUCUCAGUGGUGGAAAAAAGAGAGUUCCCUUUCCAGAACGCGCUGGGUCCGCAGGUUGGAGGAGUUGCCAUGAAGAUGCUGCAAAAUAAAGGAGUGAAGUUUUACAUGAAAACAGAACUCUGUGAGCUGAAAGGAAAGGAUGGAAAGGUCACAGAGGCUGUUCUCACCAGUGGGGAGAAACUCCCUGCAGAUGUGGUAGUGGCAGGAGUAGGAGUGAUCCCCAACUCAGCGUUUCUGAAGGGCACGGCCAUCACCAGAGAUGACAGCGGUGCCAUCCUGGUGGAUCUGCACAUGCAAACCAACAUCCCAAAUGUCUUCGCUGCGGGGGACGUGGUCUCCUUUCCUGUAGCGCUGCUCAACGGGGACCGGUCCAGCAUCCAUCACCAACAGGUGGCUGAGGCUCAUGGUCACAUUGCUGCCUUAAACAUGCUGAAGAAAGAGAAGAAGUUGCACACUGUUCCCUUCUUCUGGACCACGAUGCUUGGGAAAAGCAUCCGUUACGCAGGCUGUGGAAAGGGCUACACAGACACCAUUGUGAAGGGCAACCUGGAGCAACAGAAAUUCCUGAUUUUUUAUAUCAGGGACGGCUUCGUGACUGCAGCUGCCAGUCUGAACUGCGACCCCAUGGUGUCUCUGAUCGCAGAAGUUUUAUACUCGGGGAGACAAAUCUCCAAAGAAGAAGCAGAGGCCUGCGAUGCCUGCAAUGUACCCUCGCUGGCAAAAACCUAA